AUGACCAAGUGCUUAGCUCCAAUUACUCAACAUGUAUAUAUCAUAGACUAUGGUCUUGCGAAAAAGUAUAGGGAUCUUCAAACGCACAAGCACAUUCCAUACAGGGAAAACAAGAAUCUCACAGGAACAGCUUGUUAUGCAAGUGUUAACACUCACCUUGGAGUUGAGCAAAGUAGAAGAGAUGAUUUGGAGUCUCUUGGUUAUGUGCUUAUGUAUUUUUUGAGGGGAAGUCUUCCCUGGCAGGGAUUAAAAGCACGUACGAAAAAAUAGAAAUAGGACAAGACCAGUGAAAAGAAGAUGCUUACUCCCAUAGAGGUUCUUUGUAAAUCAUAUCCAUCAGAAUUUACAUCGUACUUCCAUUAUUGUUGGUCAUUACGGUUUGAAGACAAACCAAACUACUUAUAUCAGAAGAGGAUUUUC